CUCGGCAAUGUUGGUAAUGGUAUAAGUUCUACAUGUGCUUAUUUUGAAAUAUGUAAAAUUCAAAACUGUCUCAUGUCAAGGUGAAAAUAACUAACACUUUUAUAGAUAAAUAUUAAAAUUUGAAGAUGGAAACUGACGAACCACUAAUAUGUCUACCUGGACAAAGAUUAAGUAUUUUAGAUAAUAAACACGUAUCGGGAUCUGGUACUUAUGGGCGACAAGGAUAUAUCUAUUCAAUGUUAGCGGGAAUUGUCAAAGUUGUUGAAAAGGAUGAGACUGAAAUUAUUGAAGUACACUGCAGUAAUGAACAAACUUUAGUACCUGCACCAGGUGACAUAGUCACUGCUAAAGUGAUAUUAAUCAAUCAACGUUUUUGUAAAUGUAUUAUUAAAUGUAUCGGUGAUGUUGUAUUAAAUCGUACGUACCGAGGAAUUUUGAGGAAAGAAGAUGUACGUGCUAACGAAAAGGACAAAGUUGAUAUGUACAAAUCAUUUAGACCAGGCGAUAUUAUUUUAGCAAGAGUUAUGCCAAUUACAGAAGUACAUACAUUUCAUUUAACGACUGCAGAGAAUGAAUUAGGUGUUGCAAUAGCAUUAUCAUCGAAUGGUGUGCCAAUGGUACCGAUUAGUUGGACGGAAAUGCAAUGUCCUGAAACACUGGUUAAAGAAUUUAGAAAAGUUGCAAAAGUUGUACCUGAAAAUAUUAAUUCCUUGACACAGUAACUAAUUUCUCCAUCUACAAAAUGUUUGAGUUUCGAUUAAAUGAUUAUUUUAUAAAAUAAAUAUAUUCUGUAUUUAUAACAUGUUUUGUAUUAACGGGUGAUUAUAUUUGGACCCCGUGAAAAUAUUAGAAAAUAUCCCAUGGAAUGAAAAAAUGCAAUAGCUAAAAUUGAAUUUCAAUCACCCGUUAUAUACAAAACAAGCAUUUUUUAUUAUAAUAAGGA